CAGUGCGUGGUGAGUCUGGCGAGUCGUGGUGAGUCAACUUUGCUCGCUUUAGCAGCGAAGACUGAAUUCAGAGGAUGGGCCUGGGAGGAGGGGCGGGAUUAAUGGUAGUCACAGGUUUUAGCCAAAAAAUAUGCGCGCCUUGCCCCUUUCCUUGGACUGCGCUUCCUUCUUCGUCUAUCCUCUCUUCUGUUCUUCUCCUUCUACCACAACCCUAAUUUUCUCUUCUAGAUUCCUAAGCCCUAACUGCCAUAACGGCUCCCAACUCCACAAAUUUUCUUCAAAAUCUUUGUUCUCCCUGCACAAGCCAAACCCUUGUUGCUCCACCACUGACACCUCCCUGUUAGACACAAAUGAUAACGACGACGAUGACGAUGGUUAUUAUUCUUUCAAUGAUUAUGAUGAUGAUUAUGGUGAUGGUGGAUUCUUAGAUGGGGAAACGGAAUCGUUAAGCGAGGAUGGUGUUUCCAUCGAGAUUAAGAAGCUCGGGAGCAAUUCUCGCCGGAUUCGCUCCAAAGUUGAGAUCGAUGGCAGCCUUGACACCGUUUGGAGCAUCUUAACGGAUUACGAGAAAUUGGCUGAUUUCAUUCCUGGCCUUGCCGUUAGCCAAUUGGUCGAGAAGAAAGACAAUUGUGCUCGUAUUUAUCAGAUUGGACAGCAAAAAUUGCCAUUGGGCCUGAAAUUUAACGCUAAAGGAGUUUUGGAUUGUUAUGAGAAGGAUCUUGAGAUUUUUCCUUCUGGACAGAGGCGUGAAAUUGAAUUUAAGAUGAUUGAAGGUGAUUUUCAAUUAUUUGAGGGUAAAUGGUUGAUCGAGCAGUUAAAUGAAGGAAAAUGUGAAAGCUACGAAGGUUCUCAUGGCAAAGAGUUUAAAACUACUCUUUCGUAUCUAGUUGAUGUAAAGCCAAAGAUGUGGUUGCCUGUUCGCCUAGUUGAAGGCAGACUCUGCAAGGGGAUAAAAACAAACCUCUUGAGCAUCCGACGAGAAGCAUUGAAAUGAUUCAGAACACUCUAGGUGCCUUUUAAUGUCCUUGGCCUUACUAGAUAUCUUUUUGUAAGCAUAUUUCUUGGUGGAAUAAUUGAUUAUCAAUGUUCAUAAUAGAACAAUAAUAGUAAUAUGAGUUGUCCACAGUUUUCUCUGAUAAAAUGUAUUGGGUUUGAUUGAGAAAAUAGCAGAGGAAAUAAAUGAUCAUUAUGCUGAAAA